UAUAUAUGGCUUAACGUUUGAGUUUUGACAGUGUGCAGAAAUAAUUUAUUUCUUUAGAAUUGUACAAAAUUUUGCCAAAUUUUAUGCGAUUUUAGUGCUUAUUUCCAAUUACUUGGUACAGAAUAAAAUCUAAUUGUCUAACUCAAUAUUAACGGUGUAUAAUCGAGUAUUAAAUUCUGUGUAGGUACUUCCACUUCAUUAUUACCAUAAUUUUUUUGAUAUUUCCAAGGAAGAAGCAGAUUAUUUGUUUAAAAUGUCUGCUGGUCCUUAUAAUUAUUCUUACAUAUUUAAAUACAUAAUUAUCGGAGAUAUGGGGGUGGGAAAAUCAUGUCUGCUCCACCAAUUUACGGAAAAGAAGUUUAUGUCUGAUUGUCCGCACACGAUUGGAGUGGAAUUUGGAACUCGUAUAAUUGAAGUGGCGGGCCAAAAGAUUAAAUUACAAAUAUGGGAUACAGCCGGACAAGAGCGUUUUAGAGCAGUUACACGUUCAUAUUAUCGAGGUGCCGCUGGUGCUUUAAUGGUAUACGACAUAACUCGCCGUUCCACCUACAACCAUUUAAGCAGUUGGUUAACCGACACCAGAAAUUUAACUAAUCCCAGUACUGUUAUUUUCCUUAUUGGUAAUAAGUGCGAUUUAGAAGGACAAAGAGACGUAACUUACGAGGAAGCAAAACAGUUUGCGGACGAAAACGGACUUAUGUUUGUGGAAGCCAGUGCUAAAACCGGUCAGAAUGUUGAAGAGGCUUUCCUGGAGACUGCACGUAAGAUCUAUCAAAGUAUUCAAGACGGUCGACUGGAUCUAAACGCAGCAGAAUCGGGUGUACAACAUAAACCUUCCCAACCUGGACGUAAUACAUUAUCAAAUGACCAACAGUUUAACAAAGACAAUUGCGCUUGCUAGUUAAUUUUAAAUAGUCAUAUACGAAUCUCUGAAGCUUUUCAGAAUAUCUUAAUGUAGAGAGACAUUCCAUCCUCUGCAGUAGGAUAUUUUAUAAAUGGGGUUAUACAUUUUUUUCGCACUUGGGAAGGGGGAAAACCGAGCAAGUGGUUCGUUAUCGAUUAGUUAUUUUAGAAAAUAUUUUUAAUACGUUUCCAUUGUUGUUUUUAAAUGUUAGGUAUUUGAUUCUUAUAAAUUGGCAAUUUCACAUUUUUACGCAUACAGAAUUUUUUAAUUUUUGAUUCUGUAAUGUAGAUGUAAGGUUCGAACGAUACAUUUGUUAUCAAAGAUAUAUCAUAUUUGUAUUAUAGGUAUGCCAUUAAUGAAAAAAAUUUAUUUUAAACUAAGAUACUUACUCGGCCUGUUCUGUGUAUUUUAUUUCAGGAAAUUGUUAAUUCACCUAAUUUGUCUAGACUACUCUAUGAUUUAAAAAGCAGAAUUUAUCCACCGCUUAUAGAUAUCAAUUACUAAAGGCAACACUAUUUAGAUAAGUUUUUAUGUGAUGUAUUUAUGAAUAAAAUAUUCUAUAAAAAGUAAAAAUAGUAGAUAAGUUAACUGCAUUUUGUAUUAUUAUAACUGUAUAAAUUCAUCAAUUAAUAUAUUGAUUAUGUUAAU